CCGGUCUCUUAAACGUCAAGUGAUCUCGAGCGCACUUUGUCCGUUGUCGCAUAAUCAUCAACUUGACACUUCGACUUGUCCCAAGACGCAAUCGCACAAGAUGCAUCCCAGAGCCAAGUCCAAUGACGACUGGACGGAUCGAUCCUCCUUCAUAUGGCUCAAGUCUACUAACCAGAGAGGAGCUCACGACUUGAAGCAGGGCAGCGACAUUCGUGAGCUGGGUUUACCUGGGGAUUGAGAAUAAUAAACAUCAGCUGCCUCCGCCACUGAAUCGAUUCUUCGCAAGGAACUUCGAAGAUGCGCGCCGUGGGGUUCUUUAUCUUGGCUGCUACACUGGGGUCCUUUGGUGCGCAACCAUGUCUCUUGCUGUCUUUCCCCAGGUAUGCAUACUGUCCCGGUGACUUUGGCAAGUCUGCACGCUCCGAACUUCUGCUUGUUCAUUUGCAAGCCCUUCUUCUUUCUUCAGGCUCUCGUGCUCCAUUCCUGCUGUGGUUGAUAGUCUGCUUUGUCGAGCCGGCCUGGAAAGAAGCGAUGAAUCUGCAUCCCAGAGCGCCAAUCGUUCCACCCAAUUUCUCGUCAGAGUUCUCUUGGAUCAUUCUGGCCAAGUACCAUCUACUCAACUAAUGUGCACUCCCCUGAUCGGAAAAUCGGCGGCUUGUUCGAGGUGCAUUACUUAUUCCGACCACACAACAAAUCCUCUUCAUUCUUGUUUUGUCCAUGAGUUCCAACGUCCCUACAGCGAAGCCGUGGUCUUCUCGCGUCUCGUGCCUUGUCUCGACCACAAUGGCUUUGGCCUCGUCUUCGUCUGGUAAUUUCCAUGGUCGUAGCCUCUCUGGUCCAUGGAAUGUCGCUGCCAAUAACACGGCCUCUUGGCACUGUCUUGUGUUCAUCAAUCACCUCCCUCCUGCACUGGGCUUCAUAUCAUCGCCGAGAUCGAGAACGCAGUCCCUAGUGAGGCCUUGGUGACCAGAAUGGAGACGAACAGGAACAGACUUCACGGUUACAAACCCUUCUCACUCCUACGACCUAAAGAUUAGAUCAACGAGCACCCAGUCACGACCAUCGCCUUCUGCUCAUCAACGCAUUCAGCAGCGACCGUUGCCGUGUUCUAUCGACACCUUAUAGGCACACUCAUUUCACCCUAGUCUCGAGCUACUGAUGAUCCUGCUCGGCUGGCCAUCAUUCCUGAUCGCUGAAAUUGUGCCCGUUAUCGAGUCAUUUAUCCACAUAGCUUGAAUGGUGGUGAGUUUUGCCUGUACAGGCGCGUCUGAACUCGACCAUGAGUUGAUGCUUGGUAAUUGGGUCAGCCAGAUGCUUGGAAGCUGAGAGAGCGAGGCCGUCAGGAUGAUAAGAAACAGAAUGAUGUAUCUGUUUCCCAAGGGAAUAUAACAGCACGGCACGAUAAUUUGAGCAGUCCACCAGAAUGCCUAAGCCUGACUUCGGACAGCUUGCCUAACCUUCUUGUCCUGGGUCUGCUCUUUCUGGCAGCGGCUCUUAGUGCCUCUAGUUGCCAUCAGCAUUUGCAACCCUGACAUACUCAGAUGACUUUCGAUUCAGCCCCGCGCUUUCAUUCUGUGAGUAUAAUGGCCAAUAGCUAUCAUCAUCAACAGUCUCAAAAGCGCCAAGGUCAGGAUGAUAAUCAAUCACCACUUUGGCGCGGUUUGGGCGAAUAUUGGAUAGAAGCGGUUAAGAUGGCUGAUGGUUGGCAAAGCAAGACUUGUCGAUAUUGUUCAGUCCGGUCGGUUAUCAGUGGACUUAAAAUUAUCUUAUGUAGUCUAAACUAUAUCUUGCAAUUCAACACUUGACAG